AAAUUUUCUAUGUGCCAAAAUAAAAACAAAAAUUCUCCAAAUAUCGCUCGUGUAUUUAGUUACGUAUCCAUUUAGUGCUGUAAACAAGUUACAGCGAUAACGCAAUAACAAUGUCUAGGUACAAUUUUGUGCUUUAUCUAGUGGCGCAGCUAAUUCUUGCCUGCCAUCUGCUGCUGCUGCCUGCGGCUAGAGGUGCCGUCUUGCCCGAGGGCCACAACAUCAACUGCGAACACUAUGACGAGAAGGAUUGCACCACGCACAACGACUGCUCCAUCACCAUCGAGCGCUGCCAGGUGGAGGCGGACAAAUCUCCCAGCUGCUACGUUCUGUGGAGCGCCGACGAAGUGACUGGCAUCAAGAAAAUCAAAAUGAAGGGCUGCUUCACGUACAUGCACGAGUGCAACCAGACCGCCUGCAACACCAGCAGCAAGCCGCGGCAGGGCAACAUACAUUUCUGCUGCUGCAAGGGCUCGAUGUGCAACAACGAGUACAACUGGAUACCGCCCACCACGGAGGCAACAACACAAGUGCCCAAAGAGAAGACGCAGGACGAGAAUAAUGUGAACUUCUACAUAUUGUGGUCGUCGGUGCUGGCCGUCCUGAUGGUCGUGCCUGUGGUCAGUUUCUUCUCCUACCGACGUCUCAAACGAGUGCAUUUCAACGAGAUACCCAAGCACGAGGCGGAAAUCACGAACUCAUCGCCGCUGCUGAACAACCGGCCCAUACAACUGCUGGAGCAGAAGGCCAGCGGGCGAUUUGGCGACGUGUGGCAGGCGAAGCUGCACGGCCAGGACGUGGCCGUGAAAAUCUUUCGCAUGCAGGAGAAGGACUCGUGGACCACGGAGAACGAGAUAUAUAAACUGCCGCGCAUGCGCCAUCCCAACAUCUUAGAGUUCUUGGGCGUGGAGAAGCACUUGGAUAAGCCCGAGUAUUGGCUGAUAUCCACAUAUCAGCAUAAUGGCUCUCUGUGCGACUAUCUGAAGUCCCAUACGAUUACCUGGACGGAGUUGUGCCGCAUUGCCGAAUCGAUGGCCAAUGGCCUGGCGCAUUUACACGAGGAGAUACCGGCUAGCAAGACGGAAGGCCUGAAGCCCUCGAUAGCCCAUCGUGACUUUAAGUCGAAGAAUGUGCUGCUCAAGGGUGACCUCACAGCCUGCAUAGCUGACUUUGGACUAGCCAUGAUUUUUCAGCCGGGCAAACCGUGCGGCGAUACACACGGCCAGGUGGGCACUCGACGCUAUAUGGCGCCUGAGGUUCUCGAGGGUGCCAUUAACUUCAAUCGUGAUGCCUUUUUGCGCAUCGAUGUCUACGCCUGCGGAUUGGUGUUGUGGGAAAUGGUCUCACGCUGCGAUGUUGUGGGUCCCGUGGGCGAAUACCAGCUGCCAUUCGAAGCGGAGCUUGGACAGCGGCCCACGCUGGAUGAAGUGCAGGAGAGCGUGGUGAUGAAGAAAUUGCGUCCACAUUUGCUUAACUCCUGGCGCUCCCAUAUGGGUCUCAGCAUAUUCUGCGACACGAUGGAAGAGUGCUGGGAUCACGAUGCCGAGGCACGUCUCAGCUCCUCCUGUGUAAUGGAACGGUUUGCGCAGCUCAACAAAUAUCCAACCACACAGUUGCUCAUCAAGAACCACACCAACAUCGAGGAUGCAAAGGAGACCACAAAUUGUUUAUAGAAGCGGUACUAAAUCACAGCCGACUCGACCAGGCUGUGAUUUGAUAGCCACGAACAUUAGAAUUCGUUCUUUUUAAUUUUGAUAUAUAUAUUCAACACUUUAGUUUUACUGUAGUAUUGUGCAUAGCCAUUAUGCGCACAGACAUACACAGAGAAAAGCAGCGAUUAGCGAUUAACGAUCUGCAAUUCGGCAGCUGCCAUUUAUAUAUACAUA